AUUUGUAUACUCCAUUCGAAUUUUGUAAAUUCCUUUGUUGGAUUUUAUUAUUAACGGAAAUUAACACGCGAAAACAUCUUCUAAAUUGGUGUUAUUUAGUGCGCUAUUUGAGUGGUGGAAACAAAUAAUAAGGAAAUUUACAGACUCACAACAUCUACUGUGUUCAUUAAAGCCUGUAUCUGCUGCAGUGUAUCAUCUUUCGCAUAAGAGCAAAUUAUCUCACCUUUAAAAGGACAAUUAAUCAAUGAAUAUGACUUCCACCGAAACUCGUUGCGGCCUUACUUGCAGCACUCGUCCAUCCAGCCGUGUUCUAAAGCCACCUGGCGGCGGUCACUCCAAUAUCUUUUCUGAGCCCGAGGUCGCCGUUAAUGCGCCACGUCCGAAAUACAAUCAACAAAACUCUUCCAACAUGAAUGCUUGUAUGAAUUCGACAGAUCCAAAUCAAAAGGUGGAGAAACUACGCGAAGAGAUCACACACAAUAAACAAGUCCAAUCGGAGCCUGAAACACAAAAGGCCAGCACGGCUGCCACCACACCUACUGGCGGUCCGGCUAGUCAGACUGGCGGCAAUGAACAACAGUCACGCGGCCGUGUGCCUCCCGGCGGUUUCUCUUCUGGUGGCUUCUGGUAAAGGGCCGGCAGUUGAGUAGAGUGUGGUGAUGCGAUAGUAGCACUUCACGAACAAAAUAAUAUAAAAUAUUUAACAAUAUUAUUUGUACGCAUCGUACAAAUUGCAACAACAAUAACAAUCGCAUUUACUUCGACUAUUCGCUCCUCUCUACACAAACAACUAAAUAAUUGCUUGUUACAGCGUCUCUCAGCUGCAGCAAUGGAAAAUUAAAGAAAUUCACAAAUUUCAAAUAUACUUCCUUCCUAAUCUAUAUGUAUUGCCUUUGUGUGACAAAAAUUAUUAUAAUUAUAAAUAACUUAAUUAAAGAUAAAAGCCAAUUACUAUCCCUUAAACCAAAGUGCAGUGGGCGUGUGCGUGUGUCAGUUGAACGAAGUUAUUUUUGCAUUAAAAAUGAAAAAAAAAUUAAAUUUUUUCGUAGUACUUUGUUCUCUUUGUCUGUUUUUGACUAAUAGCGCUAUGACGCGCUUGCCAUGACAUUUGUAGAACUAUUUACUGCCUGCGCGCGCUCACAUUCUCGGCUCUUUUGUACUUAUAAUUAUAUUUAAUUUAUAUGUAUAUUCUGUAUGUUAUAUAUACGUGAACAAACCAGUUUCUAUAUAAAUUGGAUACUUAUGCAUUUUCGGCUGACCGUAAGAAAAUUAUGGAAAAUACACUUUACAAAGUAUUUAUGCUUUGAAGUUAUUUACAUUUUUUCAAAAGAUAAAAAAUAUAUACAAGA